AAGUCUCAAGGCGCAGAGGGAGCAGAAGCCAUUUUUCUAUCAUUCAAGCGAAGUUGUGCGGACUGAGCGGAGGUGCAGCUGCUUCUUGUCCCGACUUGACUGACUCUAUUUGUCCCAUGUGAGAGCAGCUCUGACCGGACAAGGUUACCGCGGGAUCCCCCUCUUCCAAACCUCCAGAGCGAGCGGAGAGAGCAUGGCUCUUCCUCAACAAAGGGAAACUGGCGGCCGGUGGAAAGUUUAAAGAAGCGAGGAGCUGCAGAGUUGCGCGCUUGUCGGACUGGAAACUGAGGAGCGAUGCACUUCGUUAGAUGGGAGCUGCGGCUCAUGCUUUGGUGUUAUGAACUGGUUUCACUGACGCGGGCUUACACCGUCCACAUCAGUGAGGAUGCGAGAGAGAGGACAGUCCUGGCCGGCGAGCCGCGCGGCGCAUGGUGCGCCUUGGAUCAGGUUCUCGCUCCUGGGUUCGCGCAGCGCUUUCUGGAGACGGAAGCCGCGGCGGGCAUCGUGCUCCUAUCGGACUCGAUACGGUGCCGCUCGCUGCCUUUAAACCCCUUCACUUUAUACAUAGUUGAGGACUGCUGGGACUCCGGACACAGGCACCUCCUCACCAGUCAGUAUGACGUUCAUGUUCACGGUAGGAACUGUUCCCAUAAGCGUAAGAGGAAAUCUGAUUGGGACUUGGAAGUCCUUAGUUUGUUCAGCCGCCGCAGCUCAGAGUGCCACGGAGCAGACUCUGCUUUAUUUCCAGUGGGGGGUCUGCUGCCUGGGCCCCCGCUCCGCUGCAAGGUCCCCAGCAGCCGGGAGUUUUACUUCUCAGAGGGGGGUCUGUUUGUGUCUGAGCCGCUGUGCUUGGUGCAGGACCGGCUCCUGGAGCUGGACAUGCUGUGUGACGUGCUCACAGAGAAGGGAGCGGGUGUUAAACUCAUAUCCAUCCAUUGGCGAGUGGGUCAAGGUCCAUUCAGCCAGGCGCACUUACAGCAGCUCCUGGACAGGGCAGCUCAGUCUGAUUCAGGGAUUGUGAGCAGAAAGAGGAGAAGCAUCAACAGCAGCCCUCAGUUUAAGCCCCCAAUGUACCAAGUGUCAGUGGCAGAGAACAAGCCAUCCGGGACACCGGUGGUUGUCCUGAAGGCAGUGGAUGUGGAUGAGGGAGAGGCCGGCAGGCUGGAGUAUUUUAUUGAGGCUCUGUUUGACAGCCGCUCUAACAAUCUUUUUGCUGUGGACCCGGCCAGUGGUGCUGUAUCAACAGUAGAGGUGCUGGACAGGGAAACAAAAGACACCCAUGUGUUUCGUGUGACAGCGGUCGACCAUGGCUCACCUCGUCGUACGGCCAUGGCCACCCUCACUGUAUCCGUCAGUGACACCAACGACCACAAUCCUGUGUUUGAGCAGCAGGACUAUAAAGAAAGCAUCAGGGAGAACCUGGAGAUCGGCUACGAGGUGUUGACCGUGAGGGCCACAGAUGGGGACGCACCUGUUAACGGGAACAUCCUCUACAACAUCCUCAACAGCAACGGGUCCAAUGAGGUUUUUGAGAUAGACUCCAGGUCCGGCGUCAUCCGCACUAAAGGUCUAGUAGACAGAGAGGAGGUGGAGUCCUAUAUGCUGUUAGUGGAGGCAAAUGACCAGGGUCGUGACCCCGGGCCCCGCAGCGCCACAGCCACGGUUUACAUUGUGGUGGAGGAUGAUAACGAUAACGCCCCUCAGUUCAGCGAGAAGCGCUACGUGGUCCAGGUGCCAGAGGACAUGAUGCCAAACACAGAGAUCCUGCAGGUCACCGCUACAGAUCAGGACCGGGGGAGCAACGCUGUGGUCCACUUCAGCAUCAUGAGUGGAAACACCCGGGGCCAGUUUUACAUCGAUGCUCAGACGGGUAAAAUGGACCUGGUGAGUCACCUGGACUAUGAAGCCAACAAAGAAUACACCCUGAGGGUCCGGGCGCAGGACGGAGGACGCCCUCCUCUGUCCAACAUCAGCGGCCUGGUCACGGUACAGGUGCUGGACAUCAACGACAACGUCCCCAUCUUUGUCAGCACCCCGUUCCAGGCCACCGUGCUGGAGAACGUUCCUCUGGGCUACUCCAUCAUUCACAUCCAAGCUGUAGACGCUGACUCUGGAGAAAACUCCAGGUUGGAGUACCGCCUCACUGAAACCACACCCAACUUCCCCUUCGCCAUCAACAACAGUACAGGGUGGAUCGUAGUGGCGGCAGAGCUGGACAGAGAGAGUGUUGAUUUCUACAACUUUGGAGUGGAGGCUUGCGAUCAUGGCUAUCCUGUCAUGUCCUCGUCCGCCAGCAUCAGCAUGACCAUUCUGGACGUCAACGACAACAACCCAGAGUUCACACAGAAAGCAUAUUACAUGCGUCUGAACGAGGAUGCAGCUGUGGGGACUAGUGUGGUGACAGUGUCAGCUGUGGACCAGGACAUCAACAGUGUGGUGACUUACCAAAUAUCCAGUGGAAAUACUCGCAACCGAUUCUCCAUUACAAGUCAGAGUGGAGGGGGGCUCAUCACGCUUGCUCUACCUUUGGACUACAAACUGGAACGUCAGUACAUCCUUACAGUCACUGCAAGCGAUGGCACUCGCUUUGACACAGCCAAGGUUUUUGUGAACGUCACAGAUGCCAACACACACCGCCCUGUCUUCCAGAGCUCACACUACACCGUCAACAUCAACGAGGACAGACCUGUGGCCACGACCGUGGUUGUGAUCAGCGCCACCGAUGAAGACACGGGUGAGAAUGCACGCAUUACCUACGUAAUGGACGACAGCAUCCCUCAGUUUGACAUCGACCCCGACACUGGAGCUGUCACCACCCAGAUGGAGCUGGACUACGAGGACCAGGUCUCCUACACUCUGGCCAUCACCGCUCGGGACAACGGCAUCCCACAGAAAUCCGACACAACCUACCUGGAGAUCCUGGUGAACGACAUCAACGACAACUCGCCCCGCUUCCUGAGAGACCACUAUGUGGGGUCGGUGAUGGAGGAUGUGCCGGUGUUCACCAGCGUGGUGCAGGUCUCUGCCAUUGACAGGGACUCCGGCCUCAAUGGACGUGUCUUCUACACCUUUCAGGGUGGGGACGACGGAGAUGGAGACUUCAUAAUUGAAUCCACCUCUGGCAUUGUUCGUACGCUGCGGAGAUUAGACAGAGAAAAUGUGCCCGUCUACAGCCUGCAGGCUUUUGCUGUAGAUAAAGGUGUUCCCGCUCUGAAGACAGCUGUGAACAUUCAAGUGACCAUCAUGGAUGUGAAUGACAACCCUCCUGUGUUUGAAAGAGAUGAAUUUGAUAUCAUGGUGGAAGAAAACAGCCCCAUUGGCCUUGUGGUUGCACAUAUAUCGGCUACAGACCCGGAUGAAGGCAGCAACGCGCAGAUUAUGUAUCAAAUUGUGGAGGGGAACAUCCCAGAGGUGUUCCAGCUGGAUAUCUUCUCCGGGGAACUGACUGCACUCAUAGACCUGGACUAUGAGCUGAAGUCUGAGUACAUCAUUGUGGUCCAGGCCACCUCUGCCCCUCUGGUGAGCCGGGCCACAGUCCACAUCAAACUCGUAGACAAGAACGACAACGUCCCGGUGCUGAAGAACUUCCAGAUCAUCUUCAACAACUACGUGACGGACAAAUCCAGCAGCUUCCCCACCGGAGUUAUCGGACGCAUCCCCGCCCACGACCCCGACGUCUCGGAUCAGCUACACUACAGCUUCGAGGUGGGGAACGAGCUGAACCUGGUGCUGCUGAACCAAAGCACCGGGGAGAUCCAGCUGAGCCGGGCCCUGGAUAACAACCGGCCCCUGGAGGCCUCCAUGAGGAUCUCCGUGUCAGAUGGCAUCCACUCUGUAUCAGCUCAGUGCCUCCUCCAGGUCACCAUCAUCACCGACGAGAUGUUGUCCAACAGCAUCACCUUACGCCUGGCCAACACCUCCCAGGAGCACUUUCUGUCCCUGUUGCUCUCCCAGUUCCUGGACGGCGUGGCUCGCGUCCUUUGCGCUGCGCCCGAAGACGUCGUCAUCUUCAACGUCCAAGAUGACACGGACGUUAGCGCACGCAUCCUCAACGUCAGCUUGUCCGUGGCCGUUCCCGUGUUUGGAGACGGACACCAGCGUCCCGGACGUCUCGGGAGCGACAGGCCCGGCACGGGGCCUGAAAGUGGGGAGUUUUUCGGCUCGGAGGAGCUCCAGGAGAGGCUCUAUCUGAACCGCAGCCUCCUGGCACAGAUCUCCUCUCAGGAGGUGCUUCCCUUUGACGACAACAUCUGCCUGCGCGAGCCGUGUGAGAACUACAUGAAGUGUGUGUCGGUGCUGAAAUUCAACAGCCUGGCGCCGUUCGUGGCGUCCGACACCAUCCUGUUCAGACCCAUCCAUCCCAUCGCCGGGCUGCGCUGCCGCUGCCCUGCCGGCUUUACAGGAGACUAUUGCGAGACUGAGAUUGACCUCUGCUACUCCAAGCCGUGUGGCGCGCACGGUGUGUGCCGCAGCAGGGAGGGGGGCUUCACCUGCGAGUGCCUUGAGGACUUCACAGGAGAGCGCUGCGAGCUGUCGUCCCGUUCGGGUCGCUGCGCUGCUGGAGUCUGCAAGAACGGAGGCACCUGCGUGAACCUGCUGGUCGGCGGCUUCAAGUGCGAGUGUCCGUCUGGCGUCUACGAGAAGCCCUACUGCGAGAUGACCACUCGCAACUUCCCUCCAAACUCCUUCCUCACCUUCAAGGGCCUCCGCCAGCGCUUUCACUUUACCCUCUCCCUCACAUUCGCCACAAAAGAGCCAAACGGUUUGUUGAUGUAUAACGGACGCUUCAACGAGAAACAUGACUUCAUCGCCAUGGAGAUCAUCAAUGAGCAGAUUCAGCUCACCUUCUCUGCAGGAGAAACCCAGACCACAGUUUCUCCGUUCAUCCUGGGAGGCGUCAGCGACGGCCAGUGGCACACGGUGGAGGUUCAUUACUACAACAAGCCGAUCCUGAACCAGGCCGGUCUGCCUCAGGGCCCCUCGGACCAGAAGGUCGUGGUGGUGACGGUGGACGACUGCGACUCCUCUGUGGCGCUGAGAUUUGGUCACAUGAUCGGAAAUUACUCGUGCUCGGCCCAAGGAAGCCAGUCUGGAUCCAAAAAAUCUCUUGACCUGACCGGGCCGCUGCUCCUCGGAGGAGUCCCCAAACUUCCAGAGGACUUUCCCGUCCGGAACCAGCAGUUCGUGGGCUGCAUGAAGAACCUGCGCAUUGACAACCAGCACGUCGACAUGGCCAGCUACAUCGCAAACAACGGCACCCUACCAGGAUGCUCUGCCAAGAGACAUUUCUGCAGCAAUAACCCAUGUGUGAACGGAGGGACGUGUGUGAACCUGUGGGGCUCCUUCAGCUGCGACUGCCUGCUUGGAUUUGGAGGGCAGAACUGUGAGAGAGUCAUGGCCAACCCGCUGCGUUUCCAAGGCGAUAGCCUGCUGCAGUGGAACAACCUGGAGGCGUUGGCAGCCUCCGUCCUCUGGCACGUCGAGCUCAUGUUCCGCACCCGUCAGUCCAGCUCCCUGCUGCUCCACAUCUCCUCAGGCCUGCAGCACAACCUCACGCUGCAGCUGCGUGGGGGAAGCGUGUUGAUGGGGCUGCACAGGGGAGAGGACUCCACUCUGUCGCGGGUGGAGGAGGUGCUGGUGAACGACGGGGGCUGGCAUCAUCUGCAGCUGGACAUCAGCAGCCUGGGAGGAGCCGCCAGCCGCCACAAGGCCGUGCUGUCGUUAGAUCAGGGGCUCUACCUGGCCAGCAUGGAGGUGGACGGAAAGCUGCGAGAGUCCAAGCUCAAGACUGUCAGCGUUGGUGGUUUGGCAAAGCCUGAUGGAAAAAUUCAACAUGGCUUCCGUGGCUGCAUGCAGGGUCUGCGUGUCGGUGGCGUGCUGAGCUUGUCCGUGGCGAGGAAGGUGAACGUGGAGCCGGGCUGCAGCGUGCCGGACCCCUGCAGCUCCAACCCCUGUCCUGCCAACAGCUUCUGCAGUGACGACUGGGACAGCUACUCCUGCACCUGCCUCAGCGGUUACUAUGGCACCAACUGCACUGAAGCGUGCUCUCUGAACCCCUGCGAACACGCGGCUACGUGCACCAGGAAGCCGAGCGCCGCCCGCGGCUACGCUUGCGACUGUCCCAGGAAUUAUUUUGGCCGAUACUGUGAGAAAAAGACUGACUUGCCGUGUCCCAGAGGUUGGUGGGGUCAUAAGACCUGUGGGCCCUGCAACUGUCCCACUGACCGAGGGUUUGAUUCUGACUGCAACAAGACGAGCGGCGAGUGUCGCUGUAAGGACAACCACUACCGUCCCGAGGGCAGCGACACCUGCCUGCUGUGCGACUGCUACCCCGUCGGCUCGUUCUCCAGGGCCUGCGACAGAGAGAGCGGCCAAUGUCAGUGCAAGCCUGGCGUCAUCGGGCGUCAGUGUGAUCGCUGUGACAACCCGUUCGCUGAGGUUUCUGCCAACGGCUGUGAAGUAAUCUAUGACAGCUGCCCUCAGGCCAUCGAGGCGGGGAUAUGGUGGCCCAGGACUAAGUUUGGUCUCCCUGCAGCCGUUCCCUGUCCCAGGGGAAGUGUUGGAACAGCAAUCCGGCACUGUGACGAGCACAAGGGCUGGCUUCUUCCCAACCUCUUCAACUGCACCUCCGUCACCUUCAGCAAGCUCAAAGCCUUGUCAGAAAAGCUGCACCGCAACACAUCGCUGCUCGAUUCUGGGCGCGUUCAGCAGACCGCUGCCCUGCUGGCCAACGCCACGGCCCACACAGAGACGUUCUACGGCAGCGAUGUCAAAGUGGCGUACCGCCUCACUCAGGUCCUGCUGCAGCACGAGAUCAACCAGCAGGGCUUCAACCUCACAGCCACGCAGGACGUCCACUUCACCGAGAAUCUGAUCACGGUGGGUAGCAGCGUCCUGGCUCCAGAAACGAAGCCGCACUGGGAGCUGAUCCAGCACACGGAGGGCGGCUCGGCGGCGCUGCUGCGGCACUACGAGGAUUACGCCAACACGCUGGCUCAGAACAUGAGGAAGACCUACCUGAGCCCCUUCACCAUCGUCGCGCCUAACAUAGUCAUCUCUGUUGACCGCCUGAAAAAGAUUAACUUUGCCGGAGCCAGGCUGCCGCGGUACCAGUCCCUGAGGGGCCCGCGUCCUGCAGACCAGGAGACGGCCGUCACUCUCCCCGAUUCGGUCUUCCAGCCGCCCCUGGACAGCAGGGGCCACAGACAUCUGGACGUUUUCCCAGAGUCCUCGCGGAGGAACCGCUCGGCUAACAGGAAGAGACGACACCCGGACGACAGCCAGCCGGACGCGGUGGCCAGCGUGAUCAUCUUCCACAGCCUGGCGUCGCUUCUGCCCGAGAGCUACGACCCGGACAAGAGGAGUCUGCGCGUGCCGAAGCGUCCGGUCAUCAACACGCCGGUGGUCAGCAUCACGGUGCACGACAACGACGAGCUGCUGCAGCACACGCUGGACAAGCCCAUCACGGUGCAGUUUCGCCUGGUCACCACCGAGGAGCGCUCUAAGCCCAUCUGCGUGUUCUGGAACCACACCAUCCUAGGGGGAAGCGGCGGCUGGUCGGCGAAAGGCUGCGAGGUGGUUUUCAGGAACAGCUCCCACAUCAGCUGCCAGUGUUACCACAUGACCAGCUUCGCCGUGCUGAUGGACGUCUCCAGGAGGGAGAACGGAGAGAUCCUGCCCAUCAAAAUCCUGACGUGGAGCACAGCUGGCGUGACGCUGGGCUUCCUCUUCCUCACCUCCGUCUUCCUCGUGUCGCUGAGAGCCAUGCAGUGCAACAAGACGAGUAUAAUCAACAAUGGAGCCAGCGCUCUCUUUCUGUCUGAGCUCAUCUUCAUCCUGGGAAUCAACCAGGCUGACAACCCGUUCUUCUGCACAGUCAUCGCCAUACUGCUGCACUUCUUCUACCUCUGCUCCUUCUCCUGGCUCUUCCUGGAAGGCCUGCACAUCUACCGCAUGAUCAGCGAAGUCCGAGACAUCAACUAUGGACCCAUGAGGUUCUACUACCUGAUCGGAUGGGGCGUCCCAGCCUUCAUCACCGGUUUGGCGGUGGGAUUGGACCCUGAAGGCUACGGUAACCCCGACUUCUGCUGGCUGUCCAUGUUCGACACGCUGAUCUGGAGCUUCGCUGGACCGAUCGCCCUGGCGGUGUCGAUGAACAUCUUCCUGUACAUCUUGUCGUCCAGAGCCUCCUGCGCACUGAGACACCACAGCAUCGAGAAGAAAGAUCCCCGAGUCUCGGGCCUGAAGACCGCCGGCGGCGUCCUCUUCCUGGUUUCUGUCACGUGUUUCCUGGCUCUUCUCUCCGUCAACAGCGACCUGAUUGUUUUCCAUUACCUGUUUGCAGGUUUCAACUGUGUGCAGGGUCCGUUUGUUUUCUUUUUCCGCAUCGUCUUCAAUAAGGAGGCGAGGAAGGCCAUGAAGUACUGCUGCAGCAGAAAACGCCCCGAUCACUUGAUCAAAUCUAAAGCUUCGAGCUACAAAGGCAACAGCAGCUACGUGGACGGCAGGUUGUACCACCUUCCCUUUGGAGACUCCAGCGUGUCUCUGAAUGGCACCAUGCAGAGCGGAAAGAGCCUGCAGAGCUACGUCCCGUUUGCCCUCCGGGAGGACGGACUGAACAACAGCCAGGCUCACAUCGCUCUGAACGACCAGACGUCGCUCUUCCACGAGACGAAGGAGCGUCUGGACGGUAUCGUCUUCCAUCCUCCUCACCAACACAGGUUUCACCUCCGGACUUCACCUAACGCCCUGUCUGUCCGCACAGCAGAGCAUGACACGGACUCAGACAGCGACCUGUCCCUGGAGGAUGACCAGAGCGGAUCCUACACCUCCACACACUCCUCUGACAGCGAGGAUGAGGAGGGUCCGCUCCCACCAGAGGAAUGUUGGGAAAACCUGGCGUCUAAUGGGACUAAGAGACCUCAACCACAGGACAACAGUUUAGGUCAGAUGCCCUGGCCUGUGAAUCGCUCAGCAGCAGUGAGUGACGGUGAGCUUGGCGGUGGCGAAGGAUCGAAGAUGAAUAGUCCAGAGUCAGUCCAGCCAACUCUGGGUCGCAGCAUGCGAGCAGACGACCGGUCGCAGGACUGCAUGACGGUGCUGCUGCCUGCAUUUCCAAACAUCAGCGCCCAUCCGCACAGAGGGAUCCUAAAGAAGAAGCAGCUUUCUCCCAUCGUGGAGCGGAACAGCGUCCAUCACGGCGUCCACAGUGAGCCUCGUGAAGGAACGCCGCAGGGAUCCUCCUCCAGCGAGACCAGAGCCGGGCCGCCGAAGUCCAGCCUGCCGGAGCAGCUGAACGGCGUGGCGCUGAGCAUCAAGGCGGGGACGGUGGACGGAGACUCGUCAGGAUCAGAGUCAUAGAGCCUCCCUCCUCCUCUUCACUCACCAGACUCCACUUUGAGCUCAGCGAGGAGGAGAGAAGUCGCCUCUUCGUCAUCAUAAUGCGCUGAAAGUGUGUGAGUUCAUACGUGUGUGAGCCAAACUUCAGGAGUCACACGGAUAAAACAAGCCUCCCUUUAAAGAAAUUUUGUUUACAUACUUGAAGAAAUGCACUUUUUUUUUAAUUUGCUGUCCAGAUAUGUUGAUGGUCAACCUUUUUUAUUGUUUUCUUUUUUUAGUUCCUGGAUAUGAAUACUGUUUUGAAGUCUGUGUUUGGGUGGGUUGUUUAGACGUCCACCCAGGCAUUCAGGGAAACCUGUUUUUUGUCAUUUUUUAACUGUUUUGUGGUGUUUCGUUGGUUGCUGUGAGCUGCCCGUCUCUGUGCCCGCUCCAGGAGGUCAGACUCAGGCGACUGAGUCAAACAAAAAGACAGACAUCAGUCGACUUUGGGUCGUUUAUGUAUUUUUGUGUGUACGGACGUUGAACUGAACUUACAAACAGGAGAAAUGAGCUGAUUUACGCCAGAAAUGAACCUACCGUAUUUUCUGCACUAUAAGGCGCACCUAAAACGCUUCAAUUUUCUCAAAAGCCGACAGUGCACCUUAUAAUCCGGUGCGCCUUAUAUAUGGACCAAUAUUGAGCCACAACAGGUCUCGCAGCUACGGUAAGCAGCCGCCAACUUCAUUUUCCCCCGUAGAAGAAGAAGCACGUGGUACACGCUGAGAUAUAUGUCUGCGUGAAGCAUGCCGUUUCAUUUCCAUUUGUGUGUUUGUGUAAAGAGCCAAAAUGGCUCCUAUUAAGAGACACGCUUACGACACAGAG